AAAACAUUAUUAAAAUCCAAUUCUCACAGCACACUAGUUUUUCUCGAGAAACAGACAGUGUUUGAGAAUUCAGGACACUCAUACCAAACAAUCUCUCAUUUCCUAAUUUCCCUCAAAACCCUAAUCAAAAUUCACAUUCAUCUUUCACUUUUGGUAGUAUCAGAAUGAUCGUUGAUGCUACCACUCACCGUGACGAUGCAGACCUCUGCAAUGCCCGCCACCGCACCACCACCACCUCCCCCCACUUCUCUCAUCACUAGACCCCCUCCACCACCGCCACCACCUUCCUCCGCCGCCGCCACUCCUUCGCCGCUCUCUCUCGGUCCUGUUCCGCCACCGUCAGCGGCGGUGGCCAUUGAUCACCAUGCGAAUCCCUCCUGCGAGCCUGUGGCGGCGCCGCCGCUGGCUAGAGUUAGGCUUGCUGAUAUGGUGGCAUAUGAUGGGACGCUUACUCGGACCUAUGUGAAGGCGGUGGAGGCGUUGUCUGGGUCGUUGAUGAGGCAUAACGCGGCGAUUAUUGAGCUGGGAAGUGAAGAUGCUGCUUUGAUGAGAUGUGGGUUGGAGGCUGCUAGGUUGUAUUUUAGGACUAGGGCUCAGAAUUCUGGAAAGGGUAGUCGAGGUGUCUACAUUUACAGGGCUGGAAGCUCUUGUGACAGGGCUUUGGAAGAUUGGGAUUCUUCACCCCCAUGCAUGGCUGAUAUUUUUAGAUGCAUGGGAAAGACUGCUCGUGCUGCUGUGUCUGUAAUAGCGAGGCAUCUUCGUUUGCGAAGCGAUGUUUUUAACCAUUUACUUGAUGAUAAUCCAUUGGCUGCUAAUGAGGCAUCCUCAUCAGUGCUGGUUGCAACUUACUCUACUCUGUCCUGGCUAAGUAGCAAAGGUUCUGUAGGGGGAGGCAAGCCACAACAAAAUGCAGAAGUUGAAAAGGGAUUGUUGACAUUGAUUUCCUCUGACAGUCCUGGUCUUCAGGUUUGUGAUCCCAAUAAUCGUUGGUACCUAGCAGAUGGUGGAUCAGCCCCUGGGGAUCUGUUGCUUCUCACAGGCAGGGCUCUCAGUCAUGCCACUGCUGGCCUUCGCCCUGCAGCGUCCUAUAGAGCUGCUCCUGAUUGUUCUUCUGGCACAGCUAUUGGUGGAAGGACAUCUUUGGCAUUCAGGUUAAUGCCACAGGGCAAUGCUAUACUGGAUUGUUCUCCUAUUGCUGCAGCUGGUCAUGUCAUUCCUCAGAGCUAUGUACCAAUCUCUGUUAGUCAGUUUAUGGAUGAUCUUUCUGCUGAGGAAGAUAUCCCGUGCAACCAUUCUGAAAAUAUUUAUGUAGCUCGAAACAAUUUGAAUAGGGAACUGUCUUUGAGAAGCGUUCUCUCAGAUCCUUUAUCUGGUGCAUUCCUUGAAGAUGCUACGGUUGUAUCAUGUGGACAUUCAUUUGGUGGUCAACUGCUGAGGAAGGUCUUAGAGACCUCAAGGUGUAACCUCUGCAGUGCAGAAAUUGACAGCAGUUCUUUGAUCCCUAACUAUGCUCUGAGAGCUGCGGCUGCAGCUGUAAAGCAUGAGGAUGACAGGAGGCUUUUCCACAAUGCAGCUCUGCGGAAACGCCGCAAAGAGAUGGGUGACCAGAUGCAUAUGGUGAAGAGACAAAACAGGGAAAAUGGGGAUACUGCUGGCGAUGACGUGCUGCAAAAGGGGGUGCAAUAUCCCUUUGCAGUGAAUGAAAAAGUGGUAAUCAAGGGAAAUAGGAGAACACCAGAUAAAUUUGUUGGGAAGGAAGCAAUAAUCACAUCGCAAUGUCUCAAUGGCUGGUAUUUGCUUAAGAUUAUUGGUAGUGGGGAGAGCGUUCGCUUGCAAUACCGCUCUCUUAAGAAGAUAGAUACUCAGCUGCCAGGAGGCUGUUGAUGAGAGAGGCGUUCAAUGCAACAAAUCGUGAAAACCGGAUGAUUAUAUAGAAUUCCUUUUGGUUUUUCACUUUUGUCCGUAGGUUAUACCUAGUGAACCUCACCUUUGUUCGUUUCUUGUUUGAAAUGCGGCAUGAGCUUCUUGUUUGUGUUUAAAAUCUUUAGCAACUAAAGGGAGGAGUGGAGGUUGUUUGUUUGCACUCUCCUAGAGGAGGUUUUUAGAUAGUUGUAAAGAAAAGAGAGAGAGAGAGAAGACUAACGGUUACAUAUCCACUUUUGUUUAUGGUUUUGUUAAGCUAUAAACCACAUAUAUUGAGAUAGGACAGAAGGAACCUUUGAUUAAAGGGGAAAAAAAAGAAACUCUUCAAACAGUUACUAGAUAUUGAGGGCAUUAUUGGAAAAUACAAAAAGCGCAUAAUCACACCAAAUGAGGUGUAUGCUUUAUAUAAUACUAGCGGUGUUUGCACA